AUGAGUAACGAAAAUCAAGAAAAUUACGACGAUUACAAUGGGGAUCAUGACAACAAGUACGAUCAAAAUUAUGAGGAUCAGGGCCGUGGAGACGACUACGGGUAUGUCAUGAGUUUUCCAUUCUGUUUCAAAUUGAUUUUUUUACAGCGGUUACAGCGGAUAUGGCGGAGCGCCAAGGUGAGUUUCAAGGAAACAUAUUGUUGGCCACUUUCUGUGUGUGUUAUUUUAUCUGAUGUGAAUGUUUCAAUUUUCAGUGGCAGAGGAAGAGGUUUCGGAGGUCCACCAGGUGGUGCACCACCAUACGCAAUGAGAGGAGGCCGAGGAGGAGCAGGAAUGGCUCCACCAGGGUUCGCUGGAAGAGGACGAGGAUUUGCUCCACCAGGUAUGGGCAGCGGAUUUGCUCCGCGUGGUCGUGGAAUGCCACCAGGUCGAGGGGGAUAUCCUCCAUACAGAGGUGGAUACGGAGGUGCUGCCGUAGGCUACAACUACAACGGUGGGCCCGGUGCAUACGGACAACCACAAGGUCCAAAUCCCCAGGAUCAGGAAGAACGCUUGAGAAGGGUGAGUGAUAGUUCUAAAUACCGUCUGACCGAUUUCAUAAUUAUUUUUUAGCUUGCUGGAUGCGAAGAAGGACAGGAACUGUGGGUUGAGACGGAGACGGCCGAAGGAAAAAAGUACUUCUAUCACCCCGUAAACAGGAAUACUGUCUGGGAACGUCCACAAAACUCUAAAACUGUCAGUCAGCCAGAAUUAGCGCAACUUAUUAGCCGUGGCCAGGAAGAGGAGAAAAACCGUGAGGGUAUGUUAACUAACUUAUUAUUUGAAGCUCUCGUUUGUUCUCUCUAUUCACACUACUUGCCCCAUCAUUCCACACAUCGUUAAUUCAAUUUCAGAAAGAGGAUUACGGUAAAGUUUGAAACUUGGCACUGAACAUUUCAGGAUCUUAGGGUCUUCUUCGUAAAUAUUGUCGCUCUCCUAGUCGUUCUUCUCCAUUGCCGCGAAAGCUGAAAAGCGUUUGUCAGAAAAGUAUGAAAAAUGUAAACAAAAAGUGAAAACGAAAAAAAGCUGGUAAUAAUCAAAUAGUCCGUCUUGUUUCUCAGCAACAGGAAAAAAGUUCGAGACGACUGCGGAGUUUCGGAGUGCAAGAAGGACAUUCAUUCUAUGCCGUGCGAGCCUCUCUUCCCUUCCUCUAAUGUGUAAUGUCCACUUUUCUUAGUUUUCCAUCCUGCAGAUUGAUUCUUAUGAUUAUACUCUUCUUCCCUCACAUAUGAAACAUGGGGUACGAUUAUAGUCGGGGGGACUAACUCUGAUCGUUUGCUCAGAGUUGUAUGCUCAAUGUUUACACAAUAACAAAUUGAUUUUAUUUCAGAGCGGAUGCCAUCAAUGCACGGACAAAUGCCACAGAACCUUGACGAUGCUUGGAGCGAGUUCAACGCUCCAGACGGCCGAAAGUACUACUUCAACUCCAUUACUCAGGAGAAUACGUGGGAAAACCGAAAGCUCUCAUCGACAAGGAGAACGGAGGGAAGGCUUCUCCGGAACCCGUCCAGUCCGCUGCGAUCGCUGAAGCGCAAGCAAAGGCUCAAGCUGCCCUGGCUGCAUUCAUGGCUUCGCAGAAGAACCAAACGAACGGAGGAGGCGGUAUGCCAAUGUCCAAAGCCCAAGCUUCCGGCGCUGCAGCUGCUGCGGUGGUCAAUGCAGAAGCGGCCAAGAAGAAAGACUCGACCCGUCCAGUGAGCAGCACUCCGGUUAGUGGAACUCCUUGGUGCGUGGUGUGGACUGGGGAUAGCAAAGUGUUCUUCUACAAUCCGUCCACGAAGACUUCAGUCUGGGAACGUCCUCCAGAUACCUAUGGCAGAGAAGAUGUCGACAAACUCGUGCAGCGACCACCAACACCAAAGCCUGAGGAUGAAGUUAGCCAGAAGAAAGGCAGUGAUUCCGAAUCCGAUUCAGAUGAAGAUGGACCGCCAAAGCGAAGAAGAGCCGAUCCGAAAAGAAGAAAGAGGCUCUGCUAGCUGCCAAAAGAAGGAAAAGGAACGUCCUCGUCAGAUGCUUCAGAAGCCGAUCGAUCCUGCAAUAGAAGCAGAAAUGCAAGCGGCGAAGGAGCGUGAGAAGGUUCCGCUGGAGGAGAGACUAAACAGUUCAAGGAAAUGCUCGAGGAGAAGGGCGUCAAUACUACAAGUACUUUCGAGAAGGAACUCUCCAAAAUCGUCUUCGACAAGCGUUACCUGUCUCUCGGAGCCACUGAACGAAGAGCCUGUUUCGAUGCGUUCUGCCGCGAAAAAAUUGAAGCAGAACGGGCGGAGAAGCGGAAGAAGGCUAAGGAGGCGAAAGAAGAGUUCCAAAAACUUCUUGUGGAGGCUGAGCUCAACGGUCGCUCUUCCUACUCGUCGUUCUCUUCCAAGUACGCAAAAGACGCGCGUUUCAAGGCCGUCGAACGUGCUCGCGAUCGUGAGGAUGCUUUCAAUGACUUUGUUGGCGAGUUGCACAAAAAAGAGAAAGAGGAGAAGCGUGCCAAAAAGGAGAAGUUGAAGACUGCGUUCGUAACACUUCUAGAGGAGCAGACCGGUCUUACUCGCAAAUCGAAAUGGUCGUCAGUGAAGAAGACGCUGGAAAAUGAGGAACGGUAUAUUGCACUGGACAGCAGCUCCACAAGAGAAUCACUGUUCCGGGACUACAUAGCCAACCUUGGCGAUGAAACUGCUUCUGUAAGUUACUCGAUAUCUCAUUAGCAUAAUAUUUUUCUGUUUCAAGGACAUCGAAGAAGAACAAGAACGAGAGAAGCGUCUCGCAGCUCAAGCUGCAAUUGCUAACCGACAAAAGGAAGUAGAGGCAGAACUCGGCGAUCAGUUGAGGGAGCGGAUCAAGGAGAGUGAGAAGCACAAGCAGGCUGAGCACGAGGAAACCUACAAGACCCUUUUGGUUGAUCUGGUCAAAAGUGUUGACGCGAAUUGGCAUGAGUCUCGUCGUAUCCUGCGAAAGGAUGACCGCUACGCCAACUGUGAUCUUCUCGACAAGACUCGCAAGGAGACGCUGUUCGAGGAACACAUCAAGAACUUGGAACGGAAGCGCCGCGAAGCUUUCUUUCAAGUGCUUGACAACCACGAGAAGAUCAGUCCGCAGAUGCGUUGGCGUGAUGCCAAAAAGAUAAUUCAGGAGGAAGAAGCGACAUUCUCAAAGAUUGCGAGCAACUCGGAAAGAGUAAGUUCCAUUGCUUGUUGUUUUCUGAUUCCCACUGUUAACUUUCAGAAAGUCGAGCGCGAUUUCCGGGAUUGGCAAGAAAGACGUCACGAUCAACUGACUGAUGAGUUUAAGGAAAUGCUGUCGGAGACGAAGAUCAUCACUCACAAGAGCAAAAAACUAAUGGAGGAGGGUGAGCAGCACAUGAAGGACAUUCUGUCGGUGCUUGAGAACGACAAACGAUGGGUUCGAAUGACGGAGAUGAGUGCGUCGGAGCGCGAUCGUAUGCUUGAGGAUCACAUUGGUAAUAGAUUUCAGUAGCCUUGAUUAUUUUAAUUUAUUUUUUUGUAGAUAACCUGAAUCGCAAAGGGACACCACCACCGCCGACUCAGCAAGAACGUGAUCGCAGAAAACCAUAG